CAAGAAUGGUCAGCGUUAUCGGUGAAAUAAUAUUACGUAGUAUCCGUUUUUAGUAAUGCAUUGACAACUAAAUUUUAGUUGUGAAAAGUUAUUAGGAAUUUUGUUUCAGUGUCAAUUUUCAUUUUUUUGGUAGUUUGUAAAGGCGAAAUGGCUUCAUCUUUUGGUUUAUUGCUGAGACGAGGUCUUUCCACAAGCGCUUUACGUUGUGAUAUGGUCAGAACUCCAAUCCCCACAUUUGGUCUGACCGGUUGUUACGCCCAAGCUCUUUACUCUGCCUCGGUAAAAAGCAAAACCAAGGAAAAUGUGGCAAAGGAUCUUGUGACCAUUGGUGGAAUGUUCCAGAGUCAAAAAGUUGCUGAUUUCAUGAAUGACCCAUUCAUUAAAAGUGACAUCAAACUUGGUCUCCUAAAAGAAGUAGCAACAAAAGCUGGCAUGUCAAACACAAGUGUCAAUUUCUUUGGUGUUCUAGCUGAAAACAACCGCUUGGAUUUAAUCAGCGACGUGACCGAUAUUUUCGCACGACUCAUGUCAGCUGAAAAGGGGGAAAUCCCUGCCACCGUUACCACAGCUCAAGCCUUGGACGCAAAACAGAAGAAAGAAGUUGAAACUGCUCUUGCUAAGUUUGUGAACAAGAAUGAAAAGAUUAUUCUGACAGAGAAGGUUGACCCAUCCCUGCUUGGAGGAAUGGUAGUUAACAUUGGAGACAAGUUCACUGAUAUGAAAUAUAUUGACAUGUCAACAUCAAGCAAGAUUAAGACAUAUCUAGAACUUAUCAAGCAACCUGUUUAAGUUAAAUUGAUCCUAUUGGUUAUUACAAUGUAUUUAUGCGAAAAUUCAAAUUAAUAAAACAGUUCAGGCGUUCAUUGA